AUUCAGAAAAACCACGCGCCUUGUGUGGAGACGGAGGAGAAACGAAAGAUUUCAUAUCUCAUUCCUCUCAACGAAAUCGCAGACGAUUCCCACUGUUUCUCAAACCAUCGGAGAAAAAACGAAGAGCGUCUGAGAUGGCGACGAAGAUUGGGAUGAUGGAUGCGGCGUACUUCGUCGGCAGAUCGGAGAUUCUCGCUUGGAUCAACUCCACUCUCCAACUCAACCUCUCCAAAGUCGAAGAGGCGUGCUCUGGAGCGGUUCACUGUCAGCUACUGGACGCCGUUCAUCCAGGGAUGGUGCCGAUGCACAAGGUCAAUUUCGAUGCCAAGAGCGAGUAUGAGAUGAUUCAGAACUACAAGGUCCUCCAGGAUGUGUUCAAUAAACUCAAAAUCACCAAGCAUAUUGAAGUAAGCAAGCUUGUGAAAGGGAGGCCACUGGAUAAUCUGGAGUUCAUGCAGUGGCUCAAGCGCUACUGCGAUUCCGUCAAUGGAGGCCUUGUCAGUUACAACCCAAUUGAGAGAAGAGAGGGUAGCAAAGGUGGGAAAGAAGCGGGGAAGAAAGGUCCACCGGCUCAUACUUCGGCUAAGGGCGGCGCUGCGGCUGCUCCCAGACCACAGUCCCACCACGGUGGUGCUCGGAGGAAUGAGUUGUCUUCUUCGGUGAACUCCAGCUCUUCUUCAACCCUAAGCGUCAAGGCUUCUAGACCUCCACCGCCUGCACCAGCAUAUGAAGAACAGGUAAUAACAAAGAAGAAGAAAUAGGAGUUG